AUGCAGUCUCAACCACCGCCCGAUUUUGAAGAAGGGCUUGAAGAAAAGCCAUUGGAAUUUGAUGUUGAAGCGGUAACUAUUGAUAUGAACGAUGAAUUAAUAAUAGAAGAGUUCUUUAAUAUGGAUGCUUUCGAACGAAAUCAAAAUAUUAGUGAUGAAAAUUCAGAUACUUAUCUUCAAAAUGCCGUGAUCAGUACUGAAGAUUA